CGUACAUCUAUUUUAUUGAAAAAUAUCGUUAACUGAAAAACAAAAAAUUAUUUUAAAAUAUUGCUUUUACAAAUAAUUAAUGCUUCGAUAAUGUUUUACGAGAUGGUUAGAAACUUACGUAUGACGUAACUACCAAUAUUAUAGAUCUACUUUAAUACAGAAAAAUGGCUGGUACCGCUUGGACUGAAGACGAAAUUGGACGAAAAUGGGAUCGAUGUUUUACAGAUGCAAUUUUUAAAUUUGGAGGGGGACUUAUCCUUGGUAGUGUGUUUUCUCUGCUUUUUUUCAAACGUAGAAAAUGGCCUAUUUUAAUUGGUUCAGGUUUUGGAUUAGGUAUGGCAUAUUCUAAUUGUCAAGAGGAUUUAAAUUCAACGAUAAGGCAACAAACAUUUAGAGAUUGCAGCAAGAUUCCCAAAGAUGAAGGAAAGAAAACUUCUUAGCAAGUUUUAGUGGCAAAAUUGUUAUGCUAUUAUAAAACAUGAUAUAACAUACCAAUAAACUAGUUGAACUUUAUUAUAGAAUCGUAAAAAAUAAAAUCUUAAUAAUUUUAAGUUAUUAUAUUCAAUGUAAAGAAAUAAAUUACUGUGAAACUUUCUGUGUA